AUGCAGAUCUUUGUGAAGACCCUGACUGGCAAGACCAUUACCCUUGCGGUUAAGCCCAGUGACAUCACUGAGAAUGUCAAAGCUAAAAUCCAAGACAAGGAAGGCAUCCUGCCUGCGCAGCAUCAUCUUAUUUUGAGGGGCAAACAGCUGGAGGAUGGCGGCACUCUCUCAGACUACAACAUUCGGAAAGAGUCCACCCUACGCUUGCUGCUUCAUCUGUGUGGUGGCAUCACUGAGGCCCCCAACCCCUGGCAGCUCGCCCAGAAGUACAACUGUGACGAGAUGAUCUGCUGCAAGGGUUAUGCCCACCUGCAGCCCCCUCCCCACUGUCAACUGCCGCAAGGAGAAUUGCGGCCACACGAGCAACCUUCGCUCCAAGAAGAAGGUUAA